AUGAAGGGAAGAAGCCCCAACACCGAUCUUCUCUUUAAAAAUCGGACUUCUCUGGGUCCGCUAAUCGACAUUACCGGGGACAGUGGGCCGAGGGUGUCUGGUUUGCCUAUAAACGCAGUAGUUGCAGACGCUAUAUCAAAUGGGGAUUGGUGGAUCGCUGCGUCUAGAAGCAGGAGUCCUAUUAUCUCUUUGCUCAGGCAAUGCAUGCCCUCUUCUUCCUCGAUCAUUAGCUCUGAAGUGGAUGAUAUUUAUUUGUGGAAGACGGGGGUAUCGCAGGCCAAAAUGUCUUUCUCUUCGUCGGAGACAUGGUUGGCUUUAUACCCGACAUCCGUCGAGGUCCCCUGGCAUACUGAGGUUUGGUUUAAGGGAUGUAUCCCCAAGCGCGCCUUCAUCUCAUGGGUUUCCGCGCGUGACAGGUUGACCACGAGGGAUCGUUUAGUCAGCUGGGGUCUCAAUGUCCCGACGACAUGCCUACUGUGCGACGACCACGAUGAAACUAGACAGCAUUUGUUCUUUGACUGUGGUUUCUCCUCUCAAGUAUGGCUCUUCUUUUGCAGCUAUAUUGGCGUCUCUCCACCGGUUUUAUUCAACGACAUUCUUGUUUGGUUAAAGCGUCCAGUCCCAGAUGAGAUAGUCUCCAUUAUUCUUCGUCUCUGCUUCCAAGCCUCUAUGUACGCGAUUUGGAAGGAGAGAAACUCUAGGCUCCAUUCUGCAACCUCACGACCUGCCUCUUCUAUAUGCGUUGAGAUCCAACAGCAGCUUCGAGCUCGUCUUGACUCACUUUCACGCGCCCAACGGAUCGACCCUGAAGCUCCUUCAUAUCUAUCCACUUGGUUCUCAUUAUUCCAGAGUGAUGGGCUCUCAAGUGUCACGGCUUCGCUCCAACCGAUUCCUCACUCAUAG